CGCCACCCUCACGUCUCGUUCCCCUUCCCAUCACUCAUCUAUUGACUGCCUUUCUCUUACUAUCUUAUCAUCAUACCAUCUUUGCUAUAGUCACAGUCGACUCGCAGGCUCGAGCUGCUCAACCCGCCGCCAGAGUGUUGGUUGCCGUGGGCUUAUUACUGAUACGAACGUUAUCGGCUGACAAACCUCUUAACACGGUUCACCCCACAGUUGCCUGUUCUCGCGCGUUAAGUGGAACGCGAAAGUGCCACGAGUUCCAGUGACUUGGCCUGCCCGUAUUCACUGCGCCAGCCAGGAGAGUCGCCAUCCAGCCAUCUCCCUAUCCCAGCUUCUUUAAAAAGAAAACGAGCCACGAUUUGACUCACUCAAUAUGUCCAGACGACGACAGACUGGGAAUCAAAUCAGGGGACCACAUUCUGCCCUUACCGACUUUCUUGCGUCAAAUAACAUAUCUGCUGCUCAGAUUCGAGAUGAUUAUGAGCAGCGUUUACGGGAACCGGAGCGUCGGGCUGAAAGGGAAACCGGAGAAAAUGGACUGGAAGAGGAAGAAUAUGACGAUCAACCCAGUGAAUCUCCAGAGCAACGAAAGAAGCGUAAGCGAAAGGAGGCGGCAACUCUUGCCAAGAUCAAGCAAAGCAAGGAAUUUGCGCGGCGUAAAGCCAGUCGUGCGGGUGACCCAGAUGACGAUGACGACGAAAUAGCACGAGAAAUGAUGUAUCAGAAAUCGCGGCCUCUGCCCGGGCAGCUCGAAAACUGCGAGAUCUGCAGCAAAAGAUUCACCGUCACUCCCUACAGCAAAGCCGGCCCCAAUGGUGGCCUUCUUUGCACAAAAUGUUCAAAGGAGAUUGCAAAUGAGGAGAAGAAGGCUAGACCUAAGAAGGCCAUGCCAAAGGUUGGCCGUCGACAACAUCAAAGCAAGCUACUGGACGGACUAGCUCAACACGGUGCCUCAAGUUUGGUUGAGAUGUGUACGAAGAAAGUUGCCGACAAUAUCAAUGACAUUGAAGAGUUCGGUGACUUGCCUUCACAGCUUCUGCACCGUCUCAGCCAGAUUUUGUCUAAAAGACGAGUCAUGACACCCAGAACACUCCAGCUAUUUCUACGUGCGGAUCUAGACUCUAUCAACAUCUACGACUGUGGCAAACUGGAAACCGAUGAUUUCGAGAAAAUAUUCGCGUUCAUGCCGUCACUAGUGAAUGUUAAUCUCCGGUUUGCCGGUCAAAUGAAAGAUCGAGUAGUUGAUUAUAUGGUACAACGGGAGUUUAGAAUCAAACAGCUGCAGCUAGAUGCUGCAAAUCUCAUCUCGGACACUUGCUGGAGACAACUGUUUACAACAAUCGGGCCUCAACUCGAAGCUCUACGGCUGUCAAAUCUUGAUUGUUCAUUAGAUGAUGAAACUGUGGAGAUUAUGAGCUCGAAAUGUGCAAAUCUUCGGCGAUUGAAACUCACCCAAUGCGAUCGUCUAGGUAACAAGGGACUUGUUGCAAUUUCCAACCUUCCGAAAAUUGAACAUCUGUCCCUCGACACUGAUUCCCCAGUCAAACCAGACAUUGUUAUCAAUCUAGUACAAAGGCUAGGAUCCAGUCUGCACACACUUUCUUUGAAAAAAUUCCACGAUCUUGAUGAUGAGUUCCUUCACGCAGUUCAUACGCACUGUCGCCGGCUCGCAAAGUUACGUUUCAGCGGUAAUGCUAUCUGCACAGACAAAGGAUACGUGAGCCUCUUUGCAGGGUGGUCAAACCCGCCUCUGAAAUUUGUCGACCUUUCCUCGACUAGAGAUGUUGACAAUGCCAAGCCGGACGGGCCAGAGGAUCCUAUAGGACUCGCAUCAGAGGGCUUUAUGGCUCUCAUGCAACACUCAGGCUCUAAGCUUGAGAGACUGAAUAUCAGUUCAUGCCGGCAUAUUUCUCUCCGUGCUUUUGAAAGUGUUUUUGAUUGUAAUCAGGUAUACCCUAAUUUACAAGAGAUGGACAUAUCAUUUGACCCUGUUGUGGACGAUUUUCUCGUGUCGUCUAUUUUCAAAUGUUGUCCUUCCAUUAAAAAACUUACAGCUUUCGGCUGUGUCAAAAUCCACGACGUCAAAGUUCCAGUAGGAGUGGCACUGAUCGGCGGUCUUCGAGCACAAGAUUCAAUUAUCAUCGAAGGAGAGUAAGGAAUGUUAUGGUAUUCCAAAAGGUGGGCUAUAAACUUUUACGGCGGUGAUUCUGCUUCGACGUUUAUGAUAUAUCGAGGAUUAAGGCACGCUGGGGAUUUGAAUAAGUCCGAAACUCAGGUUG